AGGUCAUUUCUAAAGGACAUGCUGGAUACGGCCUUCCAGUCUCGUUUUCCAGCGAAAGUGUGCUGAAUUACGUACUGGCAUAGGUGCCAAGAUACUUUCUGACUGCUUUCUUGGACUUGAGGACCUGGAGAAGCACUUGGCUCCUGAGUCUCCAGAGUACCACAGGGGCGGUGCAGGGACCUGCCUGCAUCCGUUCUUUCUCAUGAACCACCACGCUCAAUGACCUUAGAAGGUCACUUCCAUUUUCCUCAAGUACCACACCUCUGUUUCUGAGACGAGAGUUCUUCAUUCUCCACUUAGCAAGGUCAUGGAGGAUCUAGAGGAAACAUUAUUUGAAGAAUUUGAGAACUAUUCUUAUGCCCUGGAAUAUUACUCCCCAGAGGCUGAUUUGGAGGAGAAAGUCCACCUGGGAAUUGCUCACUGGGUCUCCCUGGUGUUAUACUGCUUAGCAUUUGUGCUGGGCAUCCCAGGAAAUGCCAUCGUCAUUUGGUUCACGGGAUUCAAGUGGAAGAAGACAGUCACCACUCUCUGGUUCCUCAAUCUGGCCAUUGCGGAUUUCAUCUUUCUACUCUUCUUGCCCCUGUACAUCUCCUAUGUGGCUAUGAAUUUCCACUGGCCCUUUGGCAUCUGGUUGUGCAAAGCCAAUUCCUUCAUUGCCCAGUUGAACAUGUUUGCCAGUGUGUUUUUCCUGACGGUGAUCAGCCUGGACCGCUAUAUCCACUUGAUCCAUCCUGUCUUAUCUCAUCGGAACCGAACCCUAAGGAACGCCCUGAUUGUUAUUAUAUUCGUUUGGCUUUUGGCUUCACUAAUGGGUAGUCCUGCCCUCUACUUCCGGGACACUCUGGAGUUUGAUAACCGCACUCUUUGCUAUAACAAUUUCCACGAGCACGACCCUGACCUCAUUGAGAUGAGGCACCACGUUCUGACCUGGGUGAAAGUAAUCAUUGGCUACCUCUUCCCUCUGCUGACAAUGAGCAUUUGCUACUUGUGUCUCAUCUUGAAGGUGAAGAAGCGAAGUAUCGUGAUCUCCAGUAAGCAUUUCUGGACCAUCCUGGCUGUGGUCACGGCCUUUUUGAUUUGCUGGACUCCUUAUCAUCUGUUUAGCAUUUGGGAGCUCACGAUUCACCACAAUGGCUCCUUCCACCAGGUGCUGCAGGCUGGAAUCCCCCUCUCCACCAGCUUGGCGUUCCUCAACAGUUGCUUGAACCCCAUCCUUUAUGUCCUAAUUAGCAAGAAGUUCCAAGUGCACUUUCGGGCCUCGGUUGCUGAGAUUCUCAAGAACACCCUGUGGGAGGUGAGCUGCUCUGGCACAGUGAGCGAACAGCUCAGGAGCUCUGAGACCAAGCAUGCACAUCUCCUGGAGACAGCCCAGUGAAUUGUUCCUCUCCCACAGAUCAGUAGAAGGCGCUUGUGUGGGUCCCUGUACACACAGUUUCAGCUUAUCCGGUUGCAAGAUACAAGACCUUAUCUUUUUGUUGUUUUUGGUCAGUUUAUCGGCAUCACACUUUUGGGUGAAUAUAAAACUUAGGAAGGAUCUUCAUUGUUUUCCCUGCAACUUACAUUAUCUGUGUCAUUCUUGCUAAUCAUACUAUAGUGGAUUAAUCAACACAUUAUUUUUUCAAUUUUAAUAAUUUUUUAAAAGUCCCAAAUCUUAAAUAUAUGACUAAUUUCAAAAAAUGUUAAAAUGUUUGCUUAAGAUCCUUUCAUUUUCAACAAGUAACCUAUCAGACAUAUUCUUAAAGUGCAACAUAUGUACUCAAUUCCUUUAUUUCAUGUAAUCUGUGUACAUACAUUUAUGAAUUAAAAUAAUAGUUGGUUAUAGUAGUUUAAAACAUUGUUUCAGUUAAUUAUUAAUGCUUGGUUACCUGCCCCAAGAUCCAGUUACUUAAAACAAGAAUUUAUUGUUAGACUUCACAAUUCCGAGGUCAGAAAUUCAAGCAGGGCACAGAAGGGAGGGUGGUCUCUGCUUCAAGAUGUCUGGAGCCUCAGGGGGACUGGGGUGACCUCAAGGGCUGCAGUCUGAACAGCUGGGGACCAGCUGAGCAGCACUCUCCCCUCCUCUCCCCCUUCCUUCUCCUCCUCUCCUUCCCUCCUCUUUACUUUCCUCUUCUUUCUCCACACAGGUACUCUGGCAUGGCCCCUCAGGGUGGCCAGACUUCUUAUAUGGCAACUUAGGGCUCCCAGAGACCAAGGUGGACAUUUCCAGUCCUCUGAAAGGCUAUGCCAGACCCUGGCACAGUGUCACUUCCACCAUAUUCUGUUGGUCAAAGCAGUCACAG